CUGGCCAUGUCGUAUCCUCAGGGUUACUUGUACCAGCCGUCAGCAUCCUUGGCUCUAUACUCCUGCCCGACGUACAGCACCAGCGUGAUCUCUGGACCGAGGACCGAUGAACUUGGGAGAUCUUCUUUGGGCUCCGCUUUUUCCCCUUAUGCCGGAUCUACCGCCUUUACCGCCCCUCCCUCGGGUUACAACUCCCACCUCCAGUACGGCGCCGACCCGACCGCCGCCUUCACUUCCUACGUGGGCUCGCCCUACGACCACACGCCUGGCAUCGCCGGCUCCCUGGAGUACCACACGUACGCGGCGCCGCUCGGCUCCUACCCCUACGGGGACCCCGCGUACCGCAAGAACGCGACGCGGGACGCCACGGCCACCCUCAAGGCCUGGCUCAACGAGCACCGCAAAAACCCCUACCCCACUAAGGGCGAGAAGAUCAUGCUGGCCAUCAUCACCAAAAUGACCCUCACCCAGGUCUCCACCUGGUUCGCCAACGCGCGGCGGCGGCUCAAAAAGGAGAACAAAAUGACCUGGAACCCGCGGAACCGCAGCGAGGACGAGGAGGAAGAGGAGAAUAUGGACCUGGAGAAGAACGACGAGGACGAGAUCCAGAAACUGGAGGACAAAGGGGACCCCGGGACGCCAGACGCAGGAGAGGCGGAUCCCAAAGCAGCGCCAGGCUGCGAGCGCCUCCAGGAGUCCCCCAGCCCCCGGGAGGCCGAGGGCGGCCUCAGCGACUCGGAUUGCAAAGAGCCGGCGGAGGAGCGGCUCGACUGGCCGCUCCUCCCCCCCAAAGCGCCCGGCGCUUCCCUGCUGGGGCCGUGCCCGGCGGGUCGCGGGCCGCCACCGGCGGGCGGCGAGGAGCCCCCGCUGUACCGCCCGCCCUCCGCCGCCGCCGGGCCGCCGCACGCCGCCGACCUGCACCCGCUGCUGUCCGCCGCCAUCGGCUCCUCCGUCAUCCACUCGCCGCAGCAGUCGGCCAUCGCCAAGCCCAAGCUCUGGUCCCUGGCCGAGAUCGCCACCUCGGCGGACAAGGCGAAGGAGAACGGCGGCGAGCCGGUCCCCCCCGGCCCUGCUGUGCUGGGCGGCGGCGGCCCCUCGCGCUCUUCUCCGCGGCCGCGCUCGCCGGCGGCGCAGUGCCUAUUUCCCAACGGGGCGGUCCUGCCGCGGCCGCUCUACUACACGGCGCCCUUCUACUCCGGUUACACGAACUACGGCUCCUUCGGGGCCCUGCACGGGCACCCUGCCGGCGGCCCCGCCGCUGCUGCCCCCGGCGCCCACUUCAAUGGAUUAAACCAGACUGUCCUCAGCAGAGCUGAGAGUCUGGCUAAAGACUCUAAAAUGAUCAGGAGCCAGUCCCAGGUAGACCUUUGCAAGGACUCACCUUACGAACUGAAGAAAGGUAUGUCCAACAUUUAA